AUUUUCUGAGUUGGAAUCAUCCUGAAACUAUAAAUAAUUAAUGUAUAUACCAUAUAUCUAUAAGAAAUAUAAAUAAUUAAUGUAUGCAGUAUAUGAAAUAAGAUUUUGGUGUUCUUGCACUGUGUUUUACUCCACUGGUACUUUCAGUUUGCUUAGCCAGAGCUCUUUUGACUUAUUAUUCUUACUUGCAGCAGUUCUGACAACUCUAUACUUGUUAGGAGUCUUAUGAACAACCUUGUAGUUUCUUUUAUUCUGCUAUUUCCAAACAGGAUCAAUGGCUGGACAAGUUGGUGCUUCUCCAUCCACAAGUUCCUUCGAAUAUGAGCUUUAUGGAGGAGAUCCUGAUCACCCUAUAACCAUUGUAUCUACACCAAAUACUAUCAGCCCUUGGAUUGAUCCAGGAGUUUUGAAACUUAGACAUAGGAUCGGGCGGGGUUCAUUUGGUGAUGUUUGGCUAGCAACUCAGCAUCAGUCUACUGAAGAUUAUGAUGAGUAUCACGAAGUUGCUGUGAAGAUGUUAUUUCCUAUUAAAGAGGAUCAGAUAAACAACUUUUUGGCUAAGUUUGAAGAUGUAUUCUCUAAGUGCCAAGAAGUAAGAGGGGUUUGCUUUCUGCAUGGUGUCUCAACCAUAGGUGGAAAGAUCUGCAUUGUUAUGAAGUUCUAUGAGGGAUCGGUGGGAGACAAAAUGGCCCAUCUUAAGGGAGGCAAGCUUUUAAUGCAUGAUUUUUUGAGGUAUGGGAUAGACUUGGCUCAGGGAAUUCUAGAACUUCACUCAAAGGGAAUCCUGGUUCUUAAUCUUAAGCCAUUUAACUUCCUUCUUAAUGAACAUGACCAAGCAAUUCUGGGUGAUUUUGGGAUUCCAUCACUACUACUAGGAAUUUCUUUGCCCAGCUCAGACACGAUUCUGAGACUUGGAACGCCAAACUACAUGGCUCCAGAACAAUGGCAACCAGAUGUAAGAGGCCCAAUUUCCUUUGAGACCGACUCAUGGGGAUUUGGGUGCAGCAUUGUGGAAAUGCUCAGCGGUGCACAGCCCUGGUGUGGGAAAUCGGCUGAGGAAAUUUAUCACUUGGUUGUAACAAAGCAAGAAAAGCCUAAUGUUCCAAGCGGAUUGCCUCCUGUAAUUGAGAAUGUUGUUAGUGGAUGCUUUGAGUAUGAUUUCAGGAAUCGACCUUUAAUGGCAGACAUUUUACAGGCAUUCAAAAGCUGUCAGAAUGCUCUUGACGAGGAUGAGAGCCGGAUCAAUCUCGGAAUUGGGAAUGUGGACAAAUCAAAUGGUCAUGGUUACACCAAGUGGUUCCUAUCAAAAGACCUGCUUCAAGUGGGUGACACUGUGCGUUCAAGAAAGCCAGCAAAGUCUUGCAAGCCAGAAAGCAUGGCCAUUCCAGAAGGAACGGUAGUUGGUCUGGAAAGCGGCAGCGAUCGAGAUGGUUUUGUUCUAGUAAGGGUCCAUGGGAUCCAUGAUCCUCUGAGGGUCCAAUCAUCAACUUUGGAGAGGGUGACAUCUGGCUUUGCUGCUGGGGACUGGGUACGGGUGAGGGAGGAAGACAAGAAGAAGCAUGCUUCUGUAGGCAUUUUGCAUUCGAUUGAGCGUGAUGGCAGAGUUACCGUUGGUUUAGUAGGGAUGGAGAUUCUUUGGAAGGGAACUUGUUCAGAUCUCCAGAUGGCGGAGUCUUACUGUGUUGAUCAGUUUGUGAGAGUGAAGGCGAAUGUGUUUAGUCCUCGGUUUGAGUGGCCUCGUAAACGAGGUGGGGAGUGGGCCACAGGGAGGAUUUGUCAGGUCCUGCCAAAUGGGUGUCUUGUCGUUAGAUUUCCUGGCAGGUUUGUUUUGGGAGAUGAUUGCAAAUUCUUAGCGGAUCCGGCUGAAGUGGAAGUGGUUAGUUUCAAUACUUGUCAGGGGGCGGUGAAGAAAUACCAGCACCUUGAGGACUUCCAUUGGGCCGUAAGGCCGCUGGUGAUUGCCUUGGGUCUUUUCACGGCGUUGAAGGUGGGCUUCUUUAUAGGGAAGAAUGUGGGUAGAUCGAGGUCAAGGCUGACAUCAACAUCGAGGUUGAGGUCAAGGAGGAAGAAAGGCCGCGUUGCUUUGGUUCAGGGUGACAUUCGACAGCUGGAUGGUCAGGAUGGUAGCAAUCCUGCAUGGCUCCCUCCAUCUGUGGCUAAUAUCCUUUUCAGGGAAGGUGUUGCUCCUGCUAGGUAACUUUCCAUGCUUCUGUCAGGAGGACUGUUAAUAGAUGUACAUAUAUACAUGGUUUUUAGUUUGUUUUGUGUCAUAACUCACGCUUCUCUAAUGUUUGUGGAUGGGGUUCGACAUGGCUUCUUGGUGGGACUGGACUUCACAUCUGUUGGGGUCCACCAUUAGGUGAUGUGGUUAAAAAAUGCCAACUGGAAAUCCUAGUCUAAUUGAAGGGGGUAGCCGACUAUUUCAAUUUCACUACCAAAAUUGAUGGUUUGGAUAACAGAGUGGCAUGAAUUUUGGAACAUGGCCCAUUCAUGAUGGUGCUUGCCAGAUGGAUGAUUCAGAUCCUCCAACUAAAAGCCAUGUGGAUCCCAUUCAGUGACACAUUGAAGGACCGUUACUCACACUGUAUGCGACCUGUACCUUCUUUUAGCUUUCAUUCCCUACUAGUUUGGUGUAAAUAUGCUUGAAUUUGCCUCUGCCAUAUUUAAAGUCUAUGUAGGCACACUUAUAACUAUGGUGUCCUUUAUUUUUAUGACCAACUGUGAUAAUCUAUUUAAUUGGAAGUGGGGGCCAUUUAUUGGAUGGUGAGCUGCUAACCCCCAAGUUCCUCUA